AGGCAUUACGCAUGCGCAGUAGCACUCGCGUUACUAAGUGCGCACCGAUUGCCUGAAAAGCUGGCGAUUGCGCUGAAUCCGGACGCGUCUCUUUCCGAUAAAAAUGUUUAGUUAGCUGCGUCGUACUUGGCGACCUGCUUGGUGUAUGAGCUGUUAAAGACCCUGUAGGUAGAGAACCGCUUGUUGGGGGUUAUCAGCAGAAAUGGGGAGCCCGAUCAGUUCCCGAGUCGCUCCUUCCGUGUUGCUCGUCUUCCUCGCCUGCGUUUCCCUCGUUUCUCGGGGAUAUUCUUAUACCACCGUCAGCCCACCGCCCCACAAACCUUGUAUUGUUGCCUCCACCUGUGAGAAAUGCCUAGAAAACGUAUCGUGCCUGUGGUGCAACACCAACAGCUCCUGCCUGGAUUACCCCGUCCGGCACAUUCUCCCCCCUUCGUCUCUGUGCCAGCUGUCCCAGGCACGGUGGGGGGUGUGCUGGGUGAAUUUUGAAGCUCUUAUCAUCGCCAUGGCCGUGGUUGGGGGGACCAUUCUGCUGAGCAUCAUCGUGUGCUGCUGCUGUUGCUGCUGCUGCAGGAGGGGCCAGUCAGGACCCGACAGAGAUGAUGAAAGGUUAGCCCGCCGGCGGGAGGAGAUCAGACAGAAGUCCGAAAACAGGAAGGCGGAGAGAAGGGCAAGGCACGAUGAAAUCCGCAAGAAGUACGGCCUCAUCCCCGACUCCGACCACCCCUACAGCAAGUUCGAGAAUGACUAGACGGACCCCUCCCACGGCGGCCUUUCUGAAGAAGCUGUCCUGCUCGUGCUCAUCCAAGUUCCACUCACUUUAGUUACUCGCUGAAACCUUCCAAUAUUUACUUCUGAAGGAUGUCAGAUUUUCUCGCAUGCCCAUGUUCUUCAAACCAAGCUACAUAAUGCGGAAUGAUCAUGGUUGGUUAGGGAAAGUUGAGCAGUUGAGGAAUCGACCCCGUAAAGUUCCUUGGAGUAAAGAGAUCAGGCUUCUGCCUGGCUUGUUCUUCAGUAGUUUGUGUCACUGCUCCCCCAUAAUUUUGUGUGUGAACGUUGUUACUGUACGAACCCUAGCUACAUGUACUGAUUUUUCAACAACUUUCAUUGUUUAAAAAAAGCCUUUUUGUACAAAUUCUGCACUUGACACAUAGUGUAAUGACGUAAAAUUGUGCAUCUCCGCUUCCCUCCUCGUGCUUCAUCGUGAUCACAAACCUCUUCCAGCAUCUGCUGUUUUACAGUGCUUAUUUUUAAUAAAAAUGGACACCUUUGCGUUGCAUUUA